UCGGCGUAGCACUACGCUCGCGUAGCGUCGCGCUGGCCGCUAAUACGAGAAAGUGACUUGUUAGGAAUUCAAAUUCUUAAAACGUAUCAAGAAAAAGUUUGCAUCAUAUCUUAGUACAGUGGACGUCAAUUUGAAUAUGAAACUUUGACAUAUCAAAAUUUCCAAUAAUUAUGAAUAGAAGACCAAAGUGUUGCACUUAGCGAGAACUCUAGUAAGCAAAAGGUUGUGGACAAGUAAGUUUGAAAGUGCUUGAAACUAAAAUGAGUGUGGAGAUUUUGAACUUUUCAAAACAAGGAAAUAAAACUUCACAUCUUCAUUCAGAUGAAGCUCAUUGGGCGAGAAGGAAAGCAGCUAUUCGAGCGAAACGAGAGUCAUCCCUGCAGUACACUCUACACAGACCCAGGAGAAGACGACAUACACUCAAUGAAACGGCGACGCACGUGACAGCGACGCCGGCCGCGGACGACGCCACGCGACCGGAGGCGACAAGGAGCGACGCGGCGCGACACGACGCGACGCGGCGCCCGCCCGCAGCGCCCUCUAGAGUCUCCGCGGGUGAGAGCGAGUGGAGCGGCGCGACGGGCGGCCCGCUCACGCAGGUGGUGCUGCGGCUGCACCCCGCGCCCUCCGCCACGCCGCAGCUCAACGUCUCCUCGCUGGCUAAUGCUGCAGGCGGCAGCGGGGUGGUGGUGCGGGCGGAAGAGGCUCUGAUAGUGGCCUUCGUGCUGCUGCUGUGGGUGGCCGCCAUCGCGCUGUUCUUCAACCGCUGGGGCAAGAUCAGGUGCGUCUAUAAACUAAUGCUUGAGCCAUACCAACCGAAAUUCCAACAGCAGCACAGGCAAAGUUGCGCCCUAGUUGAGAGCUCAGUCACUGUUCCGCCGCACACACGCAAAUUCUCCAUACAGCAUCGAGCGUCGCUCUCCCGAGGGUACAUGUCUUACGACUGCGGCGCCUCCUUCGCUGCCUACCAGCCCUGCGGCUACGUCGCGCACCGACCGCGUCAGAACUCAGUGUUCGUUGGAAGCGUCUGCGGAAUGGCGCUCAUACCAGAGAGUCCCCCUCGCAGAUCCCGAUCAGCUGCUGACCUGCCAGCUCUAGUGACGCCCGGGGACAGGUCUGCCCAGCCCACGCCCCGGGCCUCCAGGGCCGCGAGCCUCCACAGCGCCGUGGACCUGCGGGUGUGCCAGCCGUCGCCGCGGACGUCACGCGCCGCCAGCCUGCACAGCGCAGUCGACAUGCCGCCAGGGUCAGUCCAGGUGCACGUCAGGGGUUCAGCGAACAAUCUCAACAGGCCGCGCAGUCCCCGCCGGUUGACUAUCACGAACGUAUAGUGGGUUGGUGACUAAAUUGUUUAGUGUAAAACUUUUAACGAAGUGGAUUGAUAGUACUUGGUGACGGUGAAGAGAUCAGGUGGUUGUUCAAAAGACAGACAAUCGUUCUAUAACGUAUUUUUGUUCAUCGGGUUGUUUUUGAACGUCUAUUUAAAUAUCUCUAGUUAAGUAUAUUUGUUUAAAUUCGUACUUACUUGAAAUCUGAAAGCAUCCUUGCUAUUGAUAUCUGUUGUGGAAAACCAUAAAUGGUUUGAUCACAGUAAUAAUGUUUCUUAUUUAAAGAAAUGUAAUUAUAAACUCAAAUAACUAUUUUAAUAAUUAAGAUAAAAUAAAUUGAGAAGCUUCCUCACGACACGCAACGGUUUUAAAAGAGUAAAUAAUAAGAAUGAAUGAUCUAAUGAUACAGUAGUAAAAAGUGAGUAGAUUAAGAAAAUAUGUAUAAAAUUAUUUAUUGCAUUAUUAAUGACUUUAUAGUAAUAAGCAAUAUUUGCGCAUGUUCUCUAAGCAAUGAACUUUUAUCUAUAUUUAUUUUGAAAAUUUCAGAAAUAAAUAACAUUGGUCCAGUAAAAAGGCUAACAUUCAUAGCCUUAUAUCAAUUUAGAUUAAGGACCUUUAGAUAUUACUACGUCAAUUCAUACACACUUACUUAGUUGUAAAAUGGAACUAACCUCACUAACAACUCAUAAUUAACGAGACCAAUUAUAAUUUUCACACUGUAAAUGUAUUGUAGGGUAUACCUAUUAAUGUUUUAAUAAUUAAAAGCCAAAGCGGUUCAAAGGACCAAUACGUGUCAUUUCAAUGUCUGCAAAUAUUUUAAAAUGAUCGGUGUUCGAAAUAAUUUGGUACACUGUAAAAGUGU